UCAUCGUGAACGGUUGUGUUUCGUUUGCGCUUUUGUUUUUUUUGUUGUUGUUGUAUUUCCCCUCACAAUUACGAUUCAGUCUGAAGGACUGAGCCGUGUUGUGUUUCGCAAAACUCCGUUGCCCUGGUGACUCCUGGCGCAGUGUUAGUACUAUAGGGAAAAAAAAGGAACCCCCAACAUAAACGUAAAGUCUCAGGUGCGGUUGUCUGUGCUGGUACCGCCUUACGCUUAACUUAACCCAUACCAGUCCGCGACAACAGUGAAGUAAAACGGUGUGGUCUCCGCAAUCAUCACGAGAGGCUAUAGAGAGGUGUGUAUCGACAGUGUCAGAGCCAGAGGUGGAUUAGCGGUGUGUGCGUCCGCUCGGUCGUCCGACUAGACUUGAUCAGCGAGAAACAACAAACAGAUAGUACAGGUAUCUCGGGCAGGUCGCGCGGUACCUGCGAGUUUGCUUGCGUGCAUUAAUUUUUGUGCGCUGUUGGGCAAUAUCGGUGUUGUGUGUGUUGGCACGUUUCGAAGUAGUUUGGUGACAGAAUGAAACCUUUAUUGGCGAAGACAUUGUGCAAUUAGUUAGGAGAAAGAGAGAAACAAAACCGAUUGUGUUGGAUACCAGAUUGGGUCCUUGGUCCAGUUCCUGGAAUGUUAACUCGUCAGCACUCGGGUGGGUGGUGUUAGUGUCGGAAAUAACGCGAACCACGAAGCGAGCAGUUCCGUUUGUACUGGACGGGGCGGAUAGUCUGCACGUCCAGGAAGUUAGACUUGCUGACCCAGUGGGAGAUAGACGCCCACUGAAGAAUUAUCUAUAAUUAUUUGUAGCGAAUUAGUCACGGGACUUGGUGGCAGAAGCGACGAACGUGUGUUCUCUGUGGGUGGACUAUCAGCUGCAUGUCGCAGUGCACAAAUAAGCAAAAAAUAAACACGGCCUACUAGUAACUGAUGAGGGAGCAUUGUACCCGUAGUCGAGCAGGUAGUUGACGAACGGAUGUAGACCCGUAAACAAAGAGUGCCGUGUAUUUCUGCAAACAGCGCAAACCUUGCGUAAAAUUGUGACGAUCAAAACAGGCGACGGUGUGUUGCAAGGCUGUGCCCGAAUGAAGUUGAAACAAUAAAAUAAAUAUUUGUACAGUUAAUCGUUGAAUGGUGUGCUAGGAUUUUGUGUUGAAUUUGAAUACUCGCUUCUUCCUUGUGAUCGAAGAUUCCUGCAGUAAAACUGUGUUAGUACGCCCGACACUUCAUACGUAAUCAUUCAAUAUUUGAAACCGUCGGUAGCACGAUUGACAGCAAGAGUAAAAAACCCAGAAGUGAAGGCAUUUGCUCCGGAAAGCCCUGUGUGGUAUGUUUAUGAAGUGAAGAGCCAGUGUGUGCGUGUGACUUGUUUUUAGCAACGCUAUUUUCGGUGUGGUUUAUUUUGGUAGCCUGAACUCUGUGGUAUUUCGCGUGAGGAACAUAGAAAAGAACACCGUCACCGUCGAAGGGUUUCUGUUUCUGAGAUAUUUACGAGAGGAAACGAUAUCAUAGUGAAAUUAACCGAAAUUUCACCAGGCGCUAAUGACGGCUGCCAAUUCAACAAUUGACCGGUGAAGACAAACCGCGAUGCUGUCGAUCAAACCGAACCGAGAUGUGAUGAGGCACAGUUCGAAGCGAUGACCGAAAGUACCGGAUAGCCAUUGCCAAUUGCCGUAUCUCUUCAUGAAAAAACCUACAGCAUUCCAGUAGUAUACUCUAGUAUUAGUAGUAAUAGCGGCGAUACAACCUCAGAUCAAAACUGUCAAAACUUGAAAUCUCAACGCAUCUCUCAGUCACGAAUUUUAUGCUCAUGCUCGGAUCAUCAUCAACUUUCAUUGAUUAGUUCUUCAAUCAUGCAACGGCAGCAACGCUAUGCCCAUCAAACGGUGGCCCUUCUUCAGCUGCGGUUUGGCAGCCGAUAUUCCAGGCACUCUGUGGCCACGUUUCUGAUGAUGCUCAACCUACUCCUAGCGGUCGAAGGCGGUCUAAUUGUCAAAAGGCAAAUCCCGGUGGAAACAACCACCGUUGCCGGGCUGGAGGAAAUCUCCACGGCCGCUCCCGUCAUCGCUCGGGAGAUUGAGUUUCAGCCGGAAAAUAAAUCCCAACCGCAGCAGAUAGAAUUUGGUUUUAAUAAUAGUGACGAUGAAGAAUCGCCGGAAAAAGCGGUUAUUGAUGAACUACAACCGAUUGAUUCAGUGUUAAGUGAUCACAAGCAGCCAAUCUCUGCAGAGUCGCAGUCGGAGUCGGUUACUUCGUCGGGAAUUGGUUCCACGCGUUCCGAUGCUCCAACUACCGUUGUAGCACCAACCAGUGACAGUGCUUCCUCAAUAGUCUCUAAAACCGCCGAAGGACGCUCCGGUAGAUUGAUUCAACAACCAGAUCCCACGGAUGUAGCGGUGGCCAAUACAACCAGUGCCCUUUCCGUUGGUCGUUCUAACGUUCGUAUUACCAAAGAAACUUUUGCCCGCGUAGUAUCCGUAGAACCGGAGGAGAUUGAACGGGCCGAAACAACGGAAGAAACGUUAACAACCAUCGCAAGCGUUGCCGAGGAAUCGAUUGCCGCUGUAGUGAACCAUACAAAGGUAGAUUCCGGUUCCGGAGAUGGACCGGAAUCGGAACAAGCACUGAAACCGGUUUCAGAACCAAAACCUUCUGACGACGAAGACGAAGAGUCUGUCCCGCGGUUCGAUUUGAAUAGGUACAUUUCCCCAUCGAAUUAUUCCGAUGGAGGAAUCUCACUGGCGGAAUCCCGUUCCGCACGGGAACAAUUCUUCGCCGAGCAGUCCGGCGAAAUUACGACGGAACUUCCCGCCGCCGAUGUUUGGGAAGCAAGUACCACGCUGGAAUCUCUAGCUUCCGAGGAAAGUGCAACCGAACGGGUGGCAGUAGUAGAAACUAACGAAAUUGCCAACCCUUCGAUCGUGGAAAGCCAGGAUAAUUCGGUGGAAAGUAACCGAACUGUACGUUUAAAUCGAUCCGAGAUUGAGACGGCCGAUUACGAAGUGGUGUCCAACGAAGUGCGUAACCAAACCGGUCCCCAGGCCACGAAAGGCAAAAAGGGUAAGUUUUUGGAUCAAUUCGGAGCAACCGAGGACAACGAUAUCAAUGGAGCUGCCUGGGCUUUGGCUGGGAUGCGGGUUAUCGACAGGUCAUCGGGUAAAGCCGGUCAGUCGGCGGCAGAAAGUGUGGAGAUAGUUCGAGACGACAAUGAAAACGUGGUUGUCAAUAACACCUUGAAGCAGCUGAUGGAUUGGGCGAUGAUUGUUCAGGAUGCUGACUUUGCCAAUGGGUCAUACGUGAGACCCACCAGCGGUGAAGUGGAUCUGAAGAGCGAGCUGAACGAUAGAAGAAAGGGUGCUAACAAAACUUUCGGAAGUGUCGAACCAUUGAGUGAGGAAAAUAGAAUUACUUCGGUUGUGACAGAGGUCGCCCUGGAGGCAACCACGGAAUUGGCCACGGAACUACCCAGUGCGAAAGUUGCUGUUGUUACGACCUCUGCAACUCCGGUAGCCGAAGCCGAUGAGUUAGAAGAUUUCAAGUUUGAGAAUCGUGAGAAAGUCUUUGUCGAAACCACGAAAAGACCCGACCUUACCAAUUUCAUCCAUGAAACCACGACAGUUCAAGCGAUAACAAGACCCACUCGUGGAUACGAAGUAAGUGAAUUCGUAGACGAAAAUCAAGGAUUUGCUCUCCCUAGACGAACUACCACUGGUCGAAUCGAGUCUAGCACAGUCAUUGAAGAUGUACCAGUGACCACCUAUUCACCGGUAUAUCCAUUGCUAAGGAAGACGGAAUCCACUACCGAAACUAUGAUGGCAACGAGAUUCGAAUCCAUGCGUACCAGAGGUCGAAGGCCCAUGAAGAGUUCAACCACCACCACCACAACUACCACCACUACCAGUACCACUCCGGAGCCACCGGUUACGACUACUACGGUGAAACCGGCAGAGGAAACAGUACCUCCAAUUACGACCACAGUGGCCAGAAUAACCACCACGAUAGCUUCAAUGACUACAACGGAAAUCAACGCCCCGCUGCUUAACGAACUCAUCAACAGAGGUAGCGAAGGUCAAGACGAUUCAUCGCCGGAAGUGGAUCCUAAUGCAGUGAUCCAAACCCACAACGAGAUCGUCGUUUCAACCUCAACCGCUGCUCCAACCACCCAAAACAUCCAGCGGGUCACCGAUCCCAUAAUUGCGCAACAAUCUACAAUUUUUCCGGCGGUGGUAGAAUUCCGCCCAGCCGGAGAAACCACCGACAAAAUUGACCUCACCGGUGAACCUACCGUGUCCGCUGAAGUGCUUACGAAUCGCAAUCAACCGGUGUUAAUCGACGAAAAGAAUGUCUACGAUACCGUAGCCGAAAGCACUAAUAAUCCGGUACCGGAACCAGAACCGACGGCUUCACCCGAACCGGAUGCCGAACCAAGUGCCACAACGCGUCGUUCGUUAACUCGCCUGUCUGCUACCACCGAACUCGCGGAGGAAGAAUCCGCAACCGAGGAAGACUACGUUGAGGUGAACUCUUCGGCAAACGGAAACAACGCACCGUCGGAUUCUUCGUCAAAAUCACCACUGGAUCAAGAACCGACUGAUCAGACAUCAUCACCACCGGCUAAUGAGGAGGAAGGUGGCAGCGGCGCUGUAGUAGCCGUCGUCGCUAGUCUACUUAGUGUGGCCUUGGUGCUACUGUUGAUUGCAGCGUAUAUGUACUAUCCGCAAUUGCAGGUACUGCUCCGGAAGCGGCAAGCUCAGGUUUCCUACGGACAGCGUUGCCGUCCGGUGGGACUGGACGCGUACAGCCUGGACAACGUGUCGGUGUACAACAGCGUUCGCCGGAAAGGCAACACGAUGCGUAUGUCGAAGCGAUCAUACGGCAACUCAGCCUUCGAAGAUCCCGGACUGAAAACGAACCCACUGACGGUGGCCGAACUGGCUAACAUUAUCCAGAACAAAACCGCCAUGUACGACGAGUUUAAGGAAAUUCCGAACGUGACGGCACGGGCCGACGAGGUGCCGGACGGGUGCGAAGAGAAGAACCGAUACGCAAAUGUAGUACCGCUACCGGAAACAAGAGUGCACUUGAAGCGCAUCAACGAGGACGAGAAAACGGAGUACAUCAAUGCGAACUUCGUUAAGGGACCGAAAGAUUCCAGUAACUACUAUAUCGCCUGCCAGGCACCGAUGGAGAACACUAUCAAUGACUUCUGGCGCAUGAUCUGGGAACAGAACUCCAAGGUUAUCAUAAUGGCUACCGAUCUGAGCGAGAACGGGGUGGAAAAGUGCGCUGAAUAUUUGCCUCCGUCGGUCGUGCUGGACAACAAUCGAACGUUCGGUGAUUUCCAGCUGACGCUGAAGAACCGCGAAAACAAGGAAAAAUACACCAUUUCGACUGUGCAUCUGCGCAACACGCAGACGAACACGUGGCGGGAGAUCAUGCACUUCUGGUAUCAGUGGCCGGACUCCGGCGUACCCAUCGACGAGUCCUCCAUCAUCGCAAUGCUGCUGGAGGCACGUAGCUAUUCCCGUCUGGCCCCGGCCGAGAUGGCCGAUGCUUCGGCCGGCAUUACCAGUAUCGCCGAAGAGGAUGGCACCGAAAGUGACCAGUCGUCGGCGGCACCAGCUGUUUCGGCUGCCAACGGAAGUGCCACCGAUUCUAGUGUAGUAGCGGUAGGUAACAAUAAUGUAGAUAACUCGUCCACCACCACCAACAACAACAGCAGCAGCAAAACGACGAACGAUGGCGGAGCACCCAACAGCAUCGUGUCCAAUGGCGGAACGCUGGAUAAACACAAGUCGCUCCAGCGGACCCAAGGACCAUUGACCGUACACUGUUCACCGGGAACGGGUCGCACCGGAACGAUUAUCGCGUGCGAUGUGGCACUGCGUGCUGUCGAAAUUCCACCACGGACAGUCGACAUUCCACACAUCGUAUAUUACGUACGACGAGGACGAGCCAGUGCAGUCAGGACACGGGAGCAAUACGAACUGAUAUACAGGGUUGCCAACGUUUACGCCACCAAGCUAACGGGGCCGACGAUAGAAACAUGAGAACGACUCAUUUAAAAUCAAGUAUUGUGAGUACAUUCGAAAACAGAAAAAGAAACGCUUUGCUGAACAACACUACACACAAAAAAAUAAAGGUCUAAAUGGCGAAAGUGCAAUCAAAUAGUAUAAUUCCAAGCAAGCGGCGAACGGCAGAGCAGAUGAACCUCAUGGCAGGUCCCAAUAACUACACCAAAACAAAAAAUCAAUAACAACAGCCCGCGUGCAAAGAAAACAAGUCUUAGUAGUAGUAGUAGUAGUAGUUAGUAUUCAGCAGUUCAGUGGAGACUAUCAAAUCUCAAGAUUUCAAAGACCUACGACCUGAUCUCCGUCCUAAGACAUUUUCUAUUUUGGUGAACCAUCGGCUUUGAAAGUCGAUUGAAAAUACGGACCAGAAGUACCGUAGAUUCCAUCGACUUCCACCCGAACCAAUCUUACAAACCUUCGUCGAGAAAUCUGCCUCUCCUAUUUCCCGUACCCAGUCGGUAGUAGUGACCUUUCCCCCCCCCCACCUGUGCCUUCAACAAAGGAAGGGAAAAUAUCGAAUGCAAGGUUGCCAGAUCUGGCUGUGAUCCAAUCUACGGCAAACGUCGGACAAUAUCGAAGCCGAAGACAUUCACACCAGCUCGGAGCAUAGCCCGCGACUCAUAAUACUUGAUUUUAAUCUCUAGUGGGAUAGAGACUAAAAUUUGUAACAAAACGAGACAAACACUAUGAAGAAGAAGAAGAAUGAAAAAAAAAAUGACGACACAUUUGUAUAUGAAGAAAAAAAAACUCUUAUUCUAAUCCUUUAGCGCACACUUACUGUGCGCGCGCGGCACACAGACAAAUGUGAAUAUUUCGUGCCUCGAAGCUGAUCGAACCUGAAUUUCCUCCACUGUAUUUCCGCCCAAGCGUAGCGUCGCCCCUGUGUUACACUUGUGACGUAAGAGAACAAGAAGAAGAAGAACAUAGAAGCUACUAUGUGUUACUAGAUCGUAGUCCGUAGAAAGAAUUGGUUUACCUAUAUUUUCCUUACUCCUCUCAGCUCCUACACUAGAACUGGUUAGUUUUCUUUGUUUUAGGUUGGGUAAUUUGUAGGCUUUAGUUAGGACGAAUGCUGGCGAAACGAGCUGGAUGUUGGAAAUUGAAUGAUUCAAAACAUUCUAAAGCAUGAAUUGUUGUUUAGUGAAAUAAACAAAUGUAAUACUGUAAGAGGGUGUGUGAACUAGGAGAAAAAAAAACUACCACAAACGACGAAAAACGGUGACAGACUAGGACAAACGGUUAGGAAAACUCGAUAUAGGAAAACAAAAUAAUCAAAACGCAUGAGAAGGAAGUGUCAUAUCUGGUUUUGUCUGUGGUGCUAGCAAAUACUGACUAUUAUAGUUAUGACUAUUGAUGAUGUUAUUAUUACUAUGGUUAUUCUUACUAUUAUCAUUAUUAUUGUGUACACCUGUAUAGAAAAUUGUGAUAAAUAAUGUUUAGGGAGAUUUCCUACCAAGCGGAUAUUUUUGUUUUUCCUUGAAAACCACGCGCAAUUAUUUAUUCUAAACGCGAACGCUAGUUAGGGAAAUCAAGAAACUGGAGCAACGAGGACAUAUGAUUUGACAGGACUGAGAAUCUUCUUAGAAAAUAAGGUGAUAGAUUUCGUGCGUCUUUUUUGUUUUUGGUUGUUGCAUCCACAGAAAUCCGUCACAGGACCACCAGAAAGCAAUAUUUAUACACUAAGUAAAGGAAUUCUGGGGAUAUGGUACAUUUCAAACCGUCCCCUCAAGUACUGUAAUCAUCACUGCAUAGUAGUUGAACAUUAGAAAGAAUGCGACAGAGAGAAAAAGAGAGAGAUAAAACAGAAGCCGCCCUGGCUGAGUGGCAUUAAACGAUUCGCCCAACCAGAUUUCUAUUUCGUACGUAACAGAGAAAUGAAAAAAAAACAUAGCUUCAAAAGCUGGUCGAAAUGAAUGCUCUCCUUGAUCUAAGCGAACGGUGAGGUUUGGCUAGAGGAAAAUAAAAAUCUAGUGUGAAAAUACUGAUUACAUGGCUACUAUUCAGUAGCGCUGAAAUUUGUUGAGAAAAAAAUAUCAUUCGAGCAAUGCUCUCAAGUUUUCUAUUCCUAAUUGUUAGUAAAAAUUGCGACAUAGGAAUGCAAUAAAUACUGUUAUUAUAAAGAA